UCACUCAACAUUGGCAGUGCUGGGCAUGGAGCUGGAGAUGUGAGGAACCAGGCUGAGAUCUCAGACUGGAGCCUGGGGGAAGGUGAGGGAGUUAAAGCCGGCUUUGAGGCGAGGACGGACUCGACGAGAGGCUGAAAGCAGGUGGAGGUGUGUGCGGAGCCUCUGGUCCUCGCUUUGGGAUUAUAGACGCUUGUUUGUGUGGAGAGAUGUUUUCCUGGAUGUGCUGAGCCUCUUACAGCCUUGGGACGAAGCUGUUUGGAGAACCGGAGCGGGGGAACUUGCUGCUUGCUGGACUUUGGCGUUGGAGAACAUCGAGGGGAACAUCUAGUCCUGCUUCAGGUGAACGCACCGCACGUGGAGUCCAGGUACCAAGUUCUAAGGCUGUUUCUGGACGCUGUGCUCCGGGACACCUUUCCUCCAAGGAUUUAAGUCCUGAGAGACGUUCUAGCAUGAAAUCAUCUGAUGAAAUGGGCUCCACAAACUGCCUCCCAGCAGGAGAAGACAAGCAAAAGUGAGCUGGGAUGAGAAAAGAGUAGUUAUGACUGCAGGUACGAACGUAGGGGGUCUCUAAGGGAGACAGAAGACCACCUCUGUUAAUACCAAGACUGUCCAGGAGGUUUUCUAGAAGGUGAAGAGUUUUCUCCACCAGCCGAUCCAAUGGAGGUGCCAGUGUUGGUGCUGAUGGUGAUGUGCUGGGUGUCCGUUUGGGCGGAUGACCGGAUGGUCUCGGACAGGCAUGCGGUCUACUGGAACAGCUCCAACUCCAGGUUCUGGCAUGGAGAAUACACUGUAGCGGUCAACAUCAACGACUACCUGGACGUUUACUGCCCAUACUAUGAGAGUCCGCAGCCCCACAGCCGUAUGGAGCGCUACAUCCUCUUUAUGGUCAACCACGACGGCUACCUGACCUGUGAGCACAGGAUGAGAGGCUUCAAACGCUGGGAGUGCAACCGGCCGCAGAGCCCGGAUGGGCCGCUCCGAUUCUCUGAGAAAUUCCAGCUCUUCACCCCUUUCUCCCUCGGCUUCGAGUUCCGCCCCGGACACGAGUACUACUACAUUUCCUCUCCUCAUCCGAAUCAUGCUGGAAAGCCGUGUUUGAAGCUGAAGGUUUAUGUGAAGCCUGCAAAUGGUUCAGGCUACGAGUCUCCGGAGCCGUUUCUGACCGAUAAGAGUGCCCACGGCCCCUGGGCAGCCGCCGCGGUGCUGCUGGCCUCCGUACUGGCUCUGCUUUUGCUAACCCACCUGUAGGAUCUCCAGCUUCAGCCUGCGAGACCUCCAGCCAACACCUCCCUCCACAAACCCUCAGGGAUGCCCUCGGGGCAGCAGGUGACCCAGUGGUACAAGACGCCAGCCAGAAACCACUGGGUCACUGGUUUGAAUCCCAGGACUGGCUUGGAUUUUCCUGGUUGGGUGACAAGGCUGUGGUCGCUAGCACCAAGAUCCCAAUUUAAACAGCCUGUUAUUGUGUCCUUGGGCAACCCCCGCUGCCCCAGGGGGCGCUGUUGUAUUUGGCAUCACAUUGGACAGCGAAAUGAACAAUUUCCAUAGUAAAAUGGGCCAGUUAAGAAAACCUAACUCUCAGCCAGCUAGCACACAGGCUACACAUAAAUGCUAGCACACAGGCUAAUGCUAGUACACAGGCCACACAGGCUAAUGCUAGUACACAGGCCACACAGGCUAAUGCUACCAGAGCAGCGCCACACAGGCUAAUUCUAGCACAGCUAGGCCACAGAGGCUAAAACUAGCAAAUCUAUGCCACUGAACAGUGCUAAACAAGCCCAUAGCAAUUGACUGCUGAGCACAUAGAUGUAUUGGACAGCUAGGCAACAGCUUGGAUACUUGACAGAGCCUGUUGAGGAAGGCUAAUGCUAGCAGAGCUAGGCCACACAGGCUAAUGCUAGCAGAGCUAGGCCAACAGGCUCAUGCUACCAGAUCAAAGCCACACAGGCUAAUGCUACCAGAUUAAAGCCACACAGGCUAAUGCUAGCAGAGCUAGGCCACACAGGCUAAUGCUAGCACACAGGCUCAUGCUACCAGAUCAAACCCACACAGGCUAAUGCUAGCACACAGGCUAAUGCUACCAGAUCAAACCCACACAGGCUAAUGCUAGCACACAGGCUAAUGCUACCAGAUCAAAGCCACACAGGCUAAUGCUAGCACACAGGCUAAUGCUACCAGAUCAAAGCCACACUGGCUAAUGCUAGCAAAGCUAUGCUAAACGAGCCCAGAGCAGUCCACUGGAGAGGAAACGGGCGUUCUGGACGGCGAAGCUGCAGCUGGGACGCUUGUUGGCGCCUGUUGGGGGCCGUGAUCAGCGCCAUCGUGGCGUUUGUCCACCUGCCGUUUGCUUUUGUUUUCCAUAGUUCAGGGAGAUGCUCAUUACGGACAAUGCUUGUGAGAAACCUGAAGGCCAUGUUUCGAUUUCACACAGGUUUCCUUGCGAUAAAUGACGCCAAAGGACUAUGUUUACGCUUUUCUUUGCAUCAGCAAACAGCAGAGACUGAUUUUUUUGGGAACCAGCACCUAUAAAAUAGCGGUAGACUCUUCACGUGCAUGUGAAACACUGUGAAAGUAAGGCCGAACACAAACGGAUCUUCUUACUGCGGUAAUGAUAUAUUUUUAUUGGUAAAAACCGUAUUGGACUCUUCCUGCAUCACUACGGCCUCCGGACUCUCUCGCCCGUCGCCUCCCAUUUAACUGAUGGGAGAGUUUUUUCUUGGCCGCAGCAGAAAGUCACCCGAGAGUCGUGACGAGGCAGCGCGGCGCUACGGCAGGAGCAGGGCGGUCAGUGCAGGCCAAACCGUACAGCCCGGGGCUUUUCCCGUGAUGCUGGGAGAUGGAAACAGCCAGGAAAAGCAAACCGUGGAUCAGAGCGGUGUUUGAGGAAGGGUCCCGGGACGUGUCUCCAUUUAGUGUGAACAUUACUGACGUAGUGAAACUGCACCGGAGGCAGCGGGUGGAGUACAGGCCGGGAGUUUUUUGUAUUCUAUUUCAUGUUAUUUUUGUAGCAUAAAAGCAACAUCAAUUAUUCAUGUGAUAUGGGGAAAGGAUUUAGCUCCUCUCUCUCUCUCUCUCUCUCUCUCUCUCUCUCUCUCUCUCUCUCACUCUGUGUGUGUCUCUCUCGCUCUCUCUGUCUCUCUUUCGCUCACUCUCACCU